AUGGUUCCUGUUACAGUGAGGCAUGAACAAAAUGAUACAAUUGAUGCCUGCAAAUCAACAAUAGAAAAUGCAACUAAUCUCGGUUCAGGGCUAAGCAAGCGUUGCGGAAGGAGAAGUUUCUCAGGAGGUUGGAACUUGUCUGGGGCUGUCAAUUAUGAAGAAAAUGAUUCAUGUGUUCUUGUGGAGGCUGGUAAUUUGGAAACUGAACUUUCUAUGGUUCCUGUAACAAUGAGGCAUGAACAAAAUGAUACCAUUGAUGCCUGUAAAUCAGCAAUAGAAAAUGCAACUAAUUUGCUCGGUUCAGGGCUAAACAAGCAUUGCGGAAGAAGAAGUUUCUCAGGAAGUUGGAGCCUGUUGAGUUCAAAUGCUGAUGCAUUGUUACCAUUGCACUCCAAUCAGUGUGGUGCUAGUGGUUUAUCAGAAGCUAAAGCAAGUUUCCAUGCUGAAUUCAUGGCAAAGCCAAUUUGUCCUGAGAUGUCUGAUGCCUGUACUGAGAAGGUGCUCAGUUCCAAAUAUGAGAGUGAUGUCUCGACUCUUUUCAGUUCCCAUCGGAAGCAGAGGAAGUUAGCUAACAAGGAGCUGAAGUCUGCAUUGGCUGAGGUGAAGAAGAACAUAGACACCUCACGCUGCAAUGCAAAUGUCUUGGUUGUUGAUGCUGACAGGUGUUGGAGGGAGGAAGGCUUUGAAGUUUUGUUGGACGCGUUGCCCUCUAAGGAAUGGCGUAUAGCAGUCAAGUCACAGGGUGAAACAAAGUACCUGCACAAACCUCUGAAUAUGAGACGUUGUGUCGUCAAUCGUUUCACGCAUACCUAUAUUUGGGCUGCUGAAGAUAGGUGGAAGCUCGAGUUUCUGGAUAGGUGGGAUUGGCUUGUGUUUAAGGAAUUGCAUGAGGAAUGCCAGCAGCGCAACCUGCAGGAAGAUUCCUCCAGGACAAUUUCGGUGCCUGUGUACAGGGAGGUUUCUGGCUAUGCCGAUGGUUCUCGAUCAACUUUUAUACGCCCUGAUUAUUAUAUCAGAACUGAGGAUGAUGAGAUCCAGCGAGCUCUAUCAAGUAAAAUUGCUCGGUAUGAUAUGGAUUCCGGGGAUGAGAAGUGGCUCACUGAUCAUAACUCUGGAAUUCUGCAUCCGGGCCUUGGUGAACUAAAAAAUAUUUCAGCGGACGACUUUGAUAAAAUAAUUUAUGCAAUGGAGAAGGGUGCUUACAGCAAUGUGGAUCAUGUGUUUGAUAAGGAAAAGGCAUUCAAAUUUUGUCAGGAUUUAGGAAAGAGGGAGAUAUUGGGUGCCAUUUAUGACUACUGGGAAAAAAAGAGAAACAAGAAACAGACAGCUUUAGUUAGAGAAUUUCAGUCUCCGCCUUUGCUGAGGUCACUGUUGGUGCAUACACCGUUUCUGCGUAAAAAGAGAUCUUUCAAGAGAUAG